UUGCAUGUGGGCGUGUGUGCUGCGGGUUUGUAGUAUGUCGAUGAAUUUUGCUCGAUUUGGCAACGAGAUAAAGUCCUCGUACGAAGAAGUCAUCAGCGAUUCGUCGAACACAAACUUGUUUUGGUCAAAUGUGUUUUUUCGUCAUUUUCGCCUUCGUCUUCAGGGCGCUGUUCGGUUAUGACAAACAGACGAACGACCUAAAAGUCAUUGAGACUGGAGAUGGGCGCAUUGAGGAAUUGGGCGAAGAGUUUAGCGGCAGUAAAAUACAAUACGGAUGGUGCAAAGUGACCGAUCCGAACACCAACCUGCCGAAGCUUGUUCUUAUCAACUGGUUUAGGGAGGCGGCACCGACAUCACGGAAAGGCGUCUGUCAACAUCAUGUCAACGAUAUUGCCGGAUUUCUAAGGGGUGCUCACGUGGCCAUCAAUGCUUGGAGAAGGUCGUAUUGAAGAAAGUGUCGAAAUCGUCUGGAGCUCGUUAUGGCUUCCACAAGGAAAAGGCCAUACCAGUGGACCUAUCCGGUCCAGUGGUAUGUAUGCUGUAUUUGUACUAAAUGGGUUUGGUUUGCAAGAAAGCCGACGUAUGAGCUGAUAUUGAUGCAAACAAACGAGACAAGUUUUGGUCUGACCAAGAGAAACUUGAGAAGCAGCGCGUUCAAGAGGAACGUUAGGUAAAAAUUGAGGAAGAAAAGAAGCAGACAGUGAAAUCAAAGAGAGGGAGGCAAGAGAGACAACUUCGUGGAGAGAGAAAGCUGAACGUGAACGAUCAAUUGAUGAACAGAAAACUCGUGAAAGAGAAGACUAUUGUAGACGUGAAGAAGAGGACAGAGCACAUUGCAAAGCUUGCAUGGAGCAGUUGGAUGCUGAAACUGAGAGGGACAAGCGGCAAGCACACGAGGACAGACGAAGGUUUAAGCAGCAAGAACAUGAGACAAUCGGUGUUGCAGUGAGGCACACAAAUGAAACUGUUGCUGAGCGAGAAGCCGCUACUCAUCAGGUGGAAGAAGAAGCCACAGAUGCUCAGCAUGCAGUAGAAGAAGCAAGACGUGCAGUGGAAGAGGCAAAGGCCAUGCGAGAUGCAGAGACACAAGCAGAGACAGAAGCCGAGGCCGCUGCUGCAGAGGAAGCCGCUCGACAGGCACAAGAAGCAGCCGGGCAAGCACUAGCUGAACAGAAAAACUCGUGAAAGGAAAGAAUAUUGUAGACUUGAAGAAGAAGACAGAGCACAUUGUAUUAGUUCUUUGUAUGCUUCAUUAUCUUUAAUACAGACAUUUAGUAAACAUCAGGAAUGUGACAGACAGGCAGGUUGCGUAUGCAGGAGUGUGCAUGAACACUGGCAAG